AAACUUUUCCGAGGAACAGGCGGAUUCGUUUCCCUACUUUGAAACUGAAACGCAAUCUAGCAGGCUUGCGACAUAUUGUCCAUAUAAAAGCUUUGAAAAGCCUUCUCUUACAUGUAUUUUUUUACGUGGAAUUAAGUGGUAUUGAUGGACGGAGAUUUCCCUGGAAAGUUGCCUGAAUCCAGCACCGGCGAAGGCAUCAUUGGGCUGCUUAAGACAUUGAAUCGAGACGAGCUUUUUGAGGUUUUCUCUCAAGGGUUUUGCCAACACUGUGAAGCUCUUUUGGAGAAACGGAUUCAUGAUAUCUUGAAUAAGAGAGUGAGCGAAACAUCUUUGUUAUAUGACUCGAAACAAGGUUUGACAGUUUGCUCAGCUAAGGAUGUAUCUGGUUUGUGUCCAUCGGAGAAUGGUUCAGAACCCAUUAUCAAGUUGCCUUGCCAACAAUCCACUGUGGCCUUCAAUACUAUUUUAACACCUAAUUCAGAGAGCAGCAAACAGCUUGCUCGUAACCACAUGAAUUCUGAUAUACUCCUUAACGAUGGACUUGGUGGAACUUCUUUUGUGACUGACAAUGGAUUAUCGGAGGAGCAAAAGGAGCAGAUCAGGUUUUUGCAAGUUGGCAGGAAAAAGGAUUUUGUUCACAUGGAGAAGAUCAAUGGGAAAUCAACGAAUGUGCUUAAAGGGCUUGAGCUUCAUACUGAGGUCUUCAAUGCUGAAGAGCGGAAGAAAAUUGUGGAAUGUGUUUAUAAUCUACAACGUAUGGGCCAAAAGGGGCAACUUAGAGAACGUACAUACUCAGAGCCCAGGAAAUGGAUGCGUGGUAAAGGUCGUGUUACAAUACAAUUUGGCUGUUGUUACAACUAUGCAGUGGAUAAAAAUGGGAAUCCACCAGGUAUCAUUAGAGAUGAAGAAGUUGAUCCUUUGCCUCCAUUGUUCAAGCAAAUGAUCAAGAGGAUGGUGAGGUGGCAUAUUUUGCCUCCAACGUGUGUUCCCAACAGUUGCAUUGUAAACAUUUAUGAUGAAGGGGAUUGCAUUCCUCCACACAUUGACCACCAUGACUUUGUUCGACCCUUUUGCACCGUGUCUUUCUUGACUGAGUGCAAUAUUCUUUUUGGUUCAAGUUUGAAGAUUGUGAGACCAGGAGAGUUCUCGGGACCUGUAUCUAUACCUUUGCCUGUUGGAUCUGUGCUCAUUCUAAAUGGUAAUGGAGCCGACAUUGCUAAGCACUGUGUCCCAGCUGUUCCGGGGAAAAGGAUAUCCAUUACAUUCAGGAGAAUGGAUGAUAGUAAAGUUCCAUACAAGUUUUCAUCAGAUCCUGAGUUGUUAGGAAUAAAACCACUGAUCGUUUCUCCCUUAGCAAAAUCAACUCCACAAGGCCAUUCUCAAAGGCCAGUUGUUUAUUCUUCUUUUGUUAAGUCAAUAGUUCAACAAAACCAGCAUCGAAAUGGCCAAUUUGCCAAGGAUAAACCAGAAGAAACCGCGAAAACUACGAAGAAUGAUUCCUUCCUCUGUGGAAAAGAUGAUUUUCCUCCGCUUGGUAGGGUAAAGAAGGUAGGAUCAAGGCAAUGAUCUUUUUUAUAUAAUUGGGUUGAGUAGAGUUCUCAUUCAUGUAUUUAAGCUGAAGCUUUAUGUUCCGACUUCUGAUUUCAAUGUAUACUUAGAUCAAAUUCAUCCAUUGUUUCAAGCUAUUAGAUUUUGGAUCUUGCAAUUGAUAUGGAAAAAAAUCACUUUAGCUUUCUUCAUUCUUGGCCUUCAAUUUUAAAUAUAUAGCUUUGAAUUAAAAAAAAAAAAAAAGAAAUUCAAACACAUGUCAGCUCUGGAAAUUGAAAGAAAAUUCUAUCUACACCCCCCCCAAAACACUCUUUGCACCUCAUUAUUAGAUAUACUACACUUUUAAAAUAUAAUUUUUCUUUUAAAUACAUCUCAUCCUAACA